CACCAGCUGGACUAUCUCAUACAAGAUCCUUUUUUAUUCGACUUUAUUUCCCUUUUUCAAGAACCAGAAAACUUCAAUUCACCCUCAAUCAAAAUGGCACCCAAAGUCCUCGUCGUCCUCACCUCGGCAAACGAGAUUCCCAAGCUCCAGAAGCCUACGGGAUGGUAUUUGCCCGAGUUCGCCCACCCCCACGAAGUCCUCCACAAUAAAGUCUCCUUGACCAUCGCCUCGCCCAAGGGCGGCGAAGCCCCGCUAGACCCAUCGUCAGUUGAGAUGUUCAAGUCCGACGCAACAUCUACAAAGUUCCUGGCUGAGCAAAAGGCCCUUUGGACAAACACCCACAAGCUAUCGGACGUUCUUGCUCGCGCCGAUGAAUUCGAUGCUUUGUUCUACGUUGGUGGUCAUGGACCAAUGUUCGACCUUACAACAGACCCCACCUCCCUCGCCCUAAUCCAAACCUUCGCCUCAUCCAAAAAACCCAUCGCAGCCGUCUGCCACGGUCCCUGCGUCUUCCUAAACGCGACAUCACCCUCCGGCGUGCCCUUGCUCUCCGGCGCAACCGUCACCGGAUUUUCGAAUGUCGAGGAGGACCAGGUGCAACUUUCGGAUGCGAUGCCAUUCAUGCUGGAGACGGAGUUGCAGAGAGUUUCGGGCGGUGGCUAUGUUAAGGCUGAUGAGCCUUGGGGGAGAAGGUUGUUGUUUCGAAGACUGCCGGGGUUGGGGGUGUGCUUAUUACGGGGCAGAACCCGGCUAGUGCGACUGGUGUGGGUGAGGCGAUUUUGAAGGCUUUGGGGGUUUAGAGGGUUGAUAUAGUGCGUGAUGGCAUGAAUUAGGAUUUAUGAGUUUGGUGAUUUGAUCUUUCUGAAAUCUACAGAUAUUACCAUUCAAGCUCUACAAAUUCUACAUCACACACCCCAGC